UGUAUAAACUGUUACAUUACAUCGAUAUUAAAUGUAAUGCUCUUAAUAUAUAUGUUACUUAAAUAUUGAAUGGUGUUUCCUUGUAUAUUGUAUGGAUCGCUUUAACGAGAUUAUCGACUUCGUACUUUGAAGUGUCAGCAAAACAAUUAUACUUGAAAAUAAAACGUAUUUUUAUUGUUGCUUAACCUCUUCUUGGACAUUGAGCCAUUUUCGAGAGGCGCGUCAAUUCUGAUGCUAGUUUGUUUUGUCCGUUUCGUAUAACCUCGUUAAAUAUUUUUCCGUUUAAUAAAUAGUCAAAUUCGCGUUUAUAUAAAGUUCUAUAUAAAAAUUUUUUUAUCAAUACCACAAUGCUCCGACGUAUUUUCAGAAAAACUUGCAGAUAUAGACAUCUUAAUGAAAGAAAGAAGCACGAUUCGAAAAUGGAUACGUCGUUAGGUGACAUUGCGUGUGAAACGGAAUAUUAUUACAAGCAGGACAGGAAAUUGCUGAAAGUCGUCAAGCAAAAGACGCAGAACGAGGUGGAACACAUGCAGAGAGAAGUGCAAAUCAUGAAGAACAAGAUCGAUGAAUACAAUCGCGGCAUAAACGAGAAUCUGAGAUUUCUGAAGAGCCUAGAGAAAGAUUUAUCUGCUGGUGACAAGAAGACUUAGGCAAACGACUUCUAUAUAAAUUCUAAAAAAAAUUGCAAAAUAAAUA